UUGCAGAUAGAAAUACAAUUUAUAGACGUGGCAUGACACCUAAUUCUAUGUGACAUAUAUGGAUAGCUGUUCUACGUAACGCUUUUAUAUCUGAAUGUUUUUUAACGUUGCACCCUCCUGAACACACCCGGUCCUCCGCGGUUGCACCGGCACAGACAGAUUGGCUGCCCGCCAAGGAGAAUGCUGCAGUUUUUUCAGGCUCUGUUUUGUCAGUCCGUUUAGCCAGGCUAUCGAGCUGAAGGUAAAGACUGACUGUUUCACAUUGAAUUAGAAAGACAGCAUGCUACAUGAUGUCUCAGUCAACCCUGAGCGUUAUUGCAGAAAAUACAGGUCAAGAUUUGCCUCGGGGUUAUAGGUGCCUCUGACAGUUUCUUGUCUAAGGCUCUGAGGAAGGUGAUCAUCAAAGAUCACCGCAGAAAUCUUUUUCUGGGAUAGUCACCAUGUGAAAUGUCGUGGGGGGACGUAAGUAAACAAUAAUGUGGCUCUGGGCACUCCUUCCAAUCUGCUUGGCGGUGUUUGGCACUGUGGGAAUAUGGGUGGUGUUUGGUAUCGCUGUAUCAAAUGAGACGGUUAAUAUCACAGCGAGAUUCCCCUACAUCAGUGAAUGUGGCACCUAUGAUCCACAGAGCUGUAUCUUUUCCCAGGUCUGCAACAUCUGUGCUGUCUUGAUCCUGUGGGUUGUGGUGAUCCGGUUUCAGCAGGUCAGGGACUAUGGUCAGAACAGCAAGGUGAACAUCGCCAGUAUCGUACUGGGCUUCAUCUCAUCUCUGGGCAUCUCCAUCCUCGGCAGCUUUCGGCAAUCCGUGUUGUUUGGCAUCCAUGUGUUCGGGGCUUUUCUGGCCUUCUUUGUGGGCCUGGCCUACUUCUGGUUGCAGGUGUGGCUCACCUACAAAGUCCAGCCCUCUACAGACCGUGGCUGGAUGGGGCCUCUCAGAGCUGCCCUCUCUAGCAUCUGCACCAUCUUGGUCAUCACCAUGGCCAUAGGUCUACUCUUUGAUACUGGCUACCGCUCAAUGGCGUCCAUUUCUGAGUGGGCUCUGGUCAUGUGCUUCUUUGUCCUAUUUGGCCUCUUUGCAUCCGAGUUCCGCCACGUCGACUGUCACCUGCUCACCGGGCAGAACCAAGGCCUCAGCAAGACUCAGAGCAUCAACAGUGGUGGGAUCAUAAUGUACAAUAGUACAACCAACGGAACAGUAAUGUAAUAAUUACAUAACAUUUGAACAUUCAGCUCUGACUGAUGAAGCUCCAUUUAACUGUACAUAUUUGAAACCUAUUGUUGAAUAAAAUCCUACUCUUUUUCUUUGAUAAAA